GCGUGCGUGUGUGUGUGUGUGUGUGUGCCUCUGCUCUUUGUCCUGAGCCCACGAUUCCAGAGCUGGCUGGACCCAAGGAGGUGAAGAGUCACUUCUCAGCCCCAGGAAGGGCAAAGAAGAGAGACAAAAUCAGCCUGUCUGCUCUCUGCUUGGCUCAACAAGGCCUCUAACAGUCUUCUGUCCUCUCUUCUGCACACGGCAUAUUUGGGAACGAGAAACAAAAGUUUUCCCAAAUGAAGAGAACUCAUUUGUUUAUUGUGGGGAUUUAUUUUCUGUCCUCUUGCAGGGCAGAAGAGGGGCUUAAUUUCCCCACAUAUGACGGGAAGGACCGAGUGGUAAGUCUUUCCGAGAAGAACUUCAAGCAGGUUUUAAAGAAAUAUGACUUGCUUUGCCUCUACUACCAUGAGCCGGUGUCUUCAGAUAAGGUCGCGCAAAAACAGUUCCAACUGAAAGAAAUCGUGCUUGAGCUUGUGGCCCAGGUCCUUGAACAUAAAGCUAUAGGCUUUGUGAUGGUGGAUGCCAAGAAAGAAGCCAAGCUUGCCAAGAAACUGGGUUUCGAUGAAGAAGGAAGCCUGUAUAUUCUUAAGGGUGAUCGCACAAUAGAGUUUGAUGGCGAGUUUGCAGCUGAUGUCUUGGUGGAGUUCCUCUUGGAUCUAAUUGAAGACCCAGUGGAGAUCAUUAGCAGCAAACUGGAAGUCCAAGCCUUCGAACGCAUUGAGGACUACAUCAAACUCAUUGGCUUUUUCAAGAGUGAGGACUCAGAAUACUACAAGGCUUUUGAAGAAGCAGCUGAACACUUCCAGCCUUACAUCAAAUUCUUUGCCACCUUUGACAAAGGGGUUGCAAAGAAAUUAUCUUUGAAGAUGAAUGAGGUUGACUUCUAUGAGCCAUUUAUGGAUGAGCCCAUUGCCAUCCCCAACAAACCUUACACAGAAGAGGAGCUGGUGGAGUUUGUGAAGGAACACCAAAGACCCACUCUACGUCGCCUGCGCCCAGAAGAAAUGUUUGAAACAUGGGAAGAUGAUUUGAAUGGGAUCCACAUUGUGGCCUUUGCAGAGAAGAGUGAUCCAGAUGGCUACGAAUUCCUGGAGAUCCUGAAACAGGUUGCCCGGGACAAUACUGACAACCCCGAUCUGAGCAUCCUGUGGAUCGACCCCGACGACUUUCCUCUGCUCGUUGCCUACUGGGAGAAGACUUUCAAGAUUGACCUAUUCAGGCCACAGAUUGGGGUGGUGAAUGUCACAGAUGCUGACAGUGUCUGGAUGGAGAUUCCAGAUGAUGACGAUCUUCCAACUGCUGAGGAGCUGGAGGACUGGAUUGAGGAUGUGCUUUCUGGAAAGAUAAACACUGAAGAUGAUGAUGAAGAUGAUGAUGAUGAUGAUAAUUCUGAUGAAGAGGAUAAUGAUGACAGUGAUGAUGAUGAUGAUGAAUAGCCCAACUCCAAACAAUUCUGAUGAAAACAAAAUCACAGCACCCACUACCAUACAGACAGCACAAGGUGGCAGCAAGCAAUUCUGCCCCACACCCAGCCAGCUCCUUUCCCUUUUCCAUCAUCUCUUUUCCCACUCCCUUUGCGUCAGGAGCAGUAUCAUUCAGCAAAUGCCUCUUCAAAUGCAGCAAUCCCACUUAGCAGGGACAGGAGAAAAAUUAUUCCCAUGUUGACUGUCUUGACUGUCACGGAACAGAUCUUGUUCUUUGCUGGACCAUCAAGGGUCAUGGCAGUGCCUGAACAUGGCAGUCUGGGGUGAACAAUCCCCUAACACAAGUUUACUUGUCUUUGAUUAUGACAGUAACAGAAUUGACAGCUUUCUAACUCACAGGCAUAGAGUGACCUUUUAAUCAGAGCCCAGGGAAGACACAUGAUUAAUGAUUUAGCUCCCUCCAUACCUCGAACAUCAGCUGGGAUCCCUCCUCUAGCCAAGAUGAUCCUUCUUAGAGAAGGCUCAGCCUUGGAAGCAAACUUAUAAAUCAUAUUCUCAUGGCUCUGUUAAACUUAUGUCAAGUGAUGGUCAUUCAUAUCACUAUGAACUUGGAUAUUCAAGCCUUUGGAUGGCUAUGGAGAGGCCUUGAAAUGUGUACAGGUGUCACCAUCAUUUCUAGUAUAUUAGGAAACUGGGAUGGGAGGUUGAUUUGCUCUCUAAACUUCCCUCUAGUUGGCAAGUCUCACAUAUUCAUCAGCAGGAGUGGAGGGUGGGGGAAAACUAGAAAGAUGAAAACUUUUACAUUUUUCUGAUGGGUUCAUGUCUCUGAUUGGGUCAGCUGGCUUCCUAGCCUAAGCUGGGAUCUGAAUACCCCUUCUCUGUAGCUGCUAGUGAGCCUUCCCAUUUAGAUUAAAGAUUGCUUUAUCCAGCAGUCAAUUAACUCUCCAGUUAUCAGUACUCCCACAAUUGGCCAGGGCAACAAUAAUUGGAGUUCAUACUGGUGCCCUGAGGCACUGAAAAAAAAAAUCCCAAAGUGCCUUCUGAGCUGUCUAAAAGUUACAUUGUGCUUGGUAGAUUUAGUGUUAAGUGUGCAGUAUAAUUUUCUAAUUUAUUUUCUCAAUCUUUUAGCACAUGUGUAAGACACUGUGCAAAUUUUUUGAAAAUAGAGCAAUACUUUUUGUGGAAUACUAGCUAACUAAUUCUGUCAUUAAACUCAUAUUUUGAAAUAUUCAGACAAUGUUGAAAAUCCUAUCUUGAUUUUUCUGACUCUGCUCAUUCUCAUCUGGCUCCAGUCCUACCUCCUUAUUUCUUCUCUAUUUUCCUUUCUAGCCCCUCUUCCUCUGCCUGCUCUUUGAAUGAUGGUGUUUCACAGCAUCUCAACUCUACAUACUCUUCCAAAAUGAUGUCAUCAUGCCCAUCAAUACCAUCCAUGUGCUAAUUACCUCCAAAUAUGAGUCUCUAACCUUGACUCCUUGCCUUAUUUUUAGACACAUUCAUUCAACUGCCUCUGGAUAUCUUGACUUGAUGUUGUACAAGCACUUCAGACUCAACACAACAAAACCUGAACUCAUUGCCUUCUCCCCUAAACAUCUUCUCCUCUUCAUGGAGUCCUAGUUUGGGUGGGUGAUAGCACCAUUUAUCCAAUUGUCUAGGUGACCUGAAGGUGCCCCUUCCCCCCCUGUGAUUUGUGCAUCCCUGGGUCAUGUCACUUAUCAUUUAAGGUAUAACAUAUAUUUGCAUGUCUAUCCUUUCACUAAAUUGCAGGCUCCUUAGAGGCAAGGAAUUUAUCUUAGAAUCCCUAGCACUUAGCGCUUUGCCCAUCACAAAGUAGAUACUCAUUUAUUGAGUUGGUGGAUGAAUAAUUGAUUAACUAGAAUACCUAUAAUUCCCCAGCACUAUUGGGUAACAGAGCUUACAAGGUGUCUUAGUCUGUUUUUAUUGAUAUAAAGGAAUAACUAAGAGUGGGUUAUUUAUGAAGAAAAAAUAUUUAUUUCGCUCACAAUUCUGCUGGCUGCAAUACUGGGCAUCAGGUGAAAGCCUUGGCUGCUUCCAUUCAUGGCAAAAGGCAAAGGAAAACCAGUGCGUGCAGAGAUCACAUGGUGAGAGAGGAAGCAUGAGAGAGAGGAGGUGCCAGCCUCUAACAACCAGCUCUCCAGGGAACUAACAGAGCGAGUACCCACUCACACCCCACUUCCUCCAGAGAGGGCAUUCAUCUAUUCGUGAAAGAUCCAUCCCAUGACCCAAGUUCUCAAGUUCUUAAAUCACUCCCUUUAGACCCUACCUCUCAAUACUACCGCACUGGGGAUUAAAUUUCAACAGGGGAUUUGGUGGGAACAAAUAUCCAAAUGAUAGCACAAAGUGUAUUAGCAGGGUUUACUUAGGACGUAGAUAUAAAUUGUGUACAUUUUGCUUAAUGGCCCAAAGAAACAGCUUAUCAAUAAUCUAACCAAUGAAUAUCUUCGAGUCAAUUGCUUUCUCUAAUUUCUGUCCAUGCAAUAGCUAAGAAUUUGAUUGUGUGCUGUCAAAAUUCUACCACUGAGUUUAGCAGAAAACAGGCUUCAUAUUUCUUUGCAAAUAAUCAAAUUUCCUUUAAAUAGACCUAUCUAAAAUCAGUUGAUAAUUUAACUUGAAUUCCCAAGCCACUCAGAAAAAUAAUCCAAUAUUCACCUCCCACAUCAACCCAAGAUCUGUCACUUUUCUCUCUUCUUAUUUGACUCAAAUACCUUUCCACUUGCUGGUUUACCCAAAAGAUCUGUUUCAUCUCCAUGUUUUAGAGCCUGAGGAUUUCAUUCUUAGUUAUCUAUUCAAAACAUUUUCUUCACUGUAAAAUGAUUGACAACCAGUAGUUUUUGUUACAAUGGUAAUUCUACUUUCCCAAUCCAUCACAAUUGUCUUGGUUUUUAUAGAAAUAUGACAGGUUGUCUUGAAAUUCUGAAUGUCUCAAAAUUAUGCAAGAGUGAAAAAUGUCCCUGAAAAAGUAAGCAACUUUUUAGAUUGAAAUAAUCACAUGAAGAAAAGAAACAAGACACAAUUUGAUACUUCAAUUUAUUUUCCAAGUUUACAGUAUAAAAAAUGUGAUGUGUAAAACAUUUUACAGUUAAUUGGGAUGAGGGGGGGAUUAUACUGGAGGACCCAAUAAGGAACAAAAUAACUUGGGUACACUAUUCCGUCAGAGACACUAACUCUGUUACUGACAUCACAAUGAGAAGAAGUUUCAUAGCAUAAACCUUAUGAAUGUAAGUAAAUGGACCUGUACAGGUGGUUGCUGGUAGUGUCAUUCAUUCAUUUACAUGCUUGCAAAUGUGUCAAAAGAGCCCACUACCCAGUUUAUGCAGGAACUCACUCAGGCCUUGUCAUACACAUAUGGUGACCGUGAGCAGAGGCUGGUUGGCAAAACUGCCCCUCCUGGUUACAAUGUACAGUAUUAACUAAUCAGAAAGAACAAAAAAGGUCCCUGACCGCAUUUUUACACUAACAGUUAUGACUCUGUCAGGUAAAGACAGGUGGUUUCAUCUCUGAACUUUCUAAAUUGGUGCUGGACUUGAAAUCGGGAAAUGUAAAGUCCUUCUAACCGAAGCAAUUAUCAAAUAAUCUCCUCUCAAAUAAGACCUGCCUGGCCCAGGCCUCUCUGGUUCUCUCAGUAGCAUUUCUGUUGAGGAAGGCGUCAUCUAUAAUGUGAGUUAAAUCACUGAGCCAGUAUCUGCCCCCACCCUCUUCUUUGCUGGCAUCCUGCACUCUAUGCAAUAGUUAUGGCCAUAAAUGACUGUUGGAAAUCAAAUUUGGUUAAUCAUGCCAUAACUUAGGGGUCCCAGAGGAGUUUGCCAUUUAAUUAAAGCCUACCGUAAACUAUUAUAAAAAUAAAUUAUUGCCAAAGUUUAGAUUUUUGUAUGUUCCCUUUUUAAAGAAUGAUGAUGAAAAGUAAGCGAAUGUUCCAUUACCUCUAUAACUGAGAGGUGCUGGUAAAUGAAAAACAACUGUCGCGUCUUUCUACAAGGUCCCUAGAACGGCGAUGAUGUGCAACUGUCUAAAUUCCCUACAACUUGAGUUGAACUAAACUUGUCACCUGCAGAUCAGAUGCCCAAGUCCCAUCACUAACUCCCUGAGCAACAGUCUCCGGUCCCCACAGAUGAAGCUUUCUUAGGCUGAAGCCUUUUUAGAAUUAAACACUCCUAAAUGAUGAGCAACUUCACAACAAAAGGCCAUGUCCACAAGUGAAAGCUCAGAUAAAGAUAAGCACAUACAAAACCAAACAACCGUACAUUCAAAUAAUGCUUCCCAAAUACCAUUUCAGUGCCAAAAGAAGUGCCAAAGACACUUUUAAGAUAAAAGCCUGGGGUUUGUCACCUUUGUCCCCAAAGCUUAAAGUAAGUGUCUUUCUUCCACUAUGACAAGGACAAAACGCUGAUGUUUGUAAGCUGAGAGAGACAUAAAUGGUAGAGUCUUGGUGCCAUAUUGAAAGAAACUUUUCACAGUGCUGCACCUGGCUUUACGAAUCUGUUCUUUUGUUGGAGAGACUAAAACAACCCACUAAAGAGACUUAUUUCAUAGACAAAACAAAUCGGGUUAUCUACGUAGAAACGGAACAGGACCUGGGAAAACGGGACUUAUAGAGCCCUGAAAUUUAAUUUUAUUCUGAAGUUUUACAUUUCUAAUCCAUCGCAUCUUAAUUCCUAAUGAGAUGUCACGUGGAGAGAUGUGAGCACCAUCUUCCCUUUACUGUCUUCCAUUGAAAGCAAACAGCAGGGCAGAAAACUAUGGUUUAUGCACAACUGAAUCAAAACUUACUACAUAUGGGAACAGAGAAAAAUGGUUUUCUGAGUCCUGUUUUACGUCUGCUCUGUCAAAAGUCUUGGGGGCAAGUGUGGGAAAGAUGGUGGGAUGCAAACUGCUUGCUGAGAACACCUACGUCAAGGAGGCCAGGCCAGGGACUCCGGCUUGAGAUCCCCACAGGAUGGGGCUGUGGACAGCCCCUCUCACUCCAGCCAGGGAAGAAGUUUGGGGCAUAAUGUUGCCAUGGCACCAGAGAGAGGCCAGGUCAAGCCCCUGCCUGCCUCCCUGCACCCAAGGCCCAAGGCACGCAUCUUGCCCAAGCCAGCAGAGUGGGAGCAGAAGGUGGGGCCAGGCAAAAGCAAAGGGGGGCUGCCGGAACAACAGCAUUCCUGUCUUGCAGCAGGUGUUAACACUGAAAGGCUGGGUUUUCCAGAAGGGAUUCUCAAGUUCUUUCCAUCAAAUAUCCUAAGAUAUUUGCUAGCAUAGUGGAGAAGCUUUCCAAGGGACAAAAUGUAAAUCCAAAGUGAAAGAAGAGAUCCUGCCUCCCAGUGAACUCUCGCCCCAGGUUCUAGUUCAAGGAUGUGUCUCUAGGUCCUUCCUCAACAUCCAGAAGUGCCAAAUCAUUUAGACCAUACUUCAAGGUACAGUGGACUGAGGGGUUAGAAUCAAACAUCUAGUUUGACAUUCUGUUAACCAGCCAUGAGACCUUGGACAAGCCCCUUCCUCUCUGACCUUCCUUUUUUCACCCGAAAAACCAAGAUAACUCCUAUCUUGAAAGAAUGUGGGGAUAACAAGGCUGGGUGGAACACGGACUGUGACAUACAAUACCUGAUAAAUGUGUUAGUAGCCUUUCUUUGACCAAAACAUGUUUUGUCAAAAUGUGAUCCAAAACUGAAUUUUCUGAGCAUACACUUGGUUAAAGCUCAAUGCAGUUAUUUCAACAGUGUCUAAACUAUCUCAUCUCGCUACUGCAUUGAAUACCAAUCAAGAACGGUGGGCAGAAGAGCAAUUCUUAUUUUAUUUAUAAUGAAAUAUGACCACAAGUUUACAUAGUAGUAAAUUCACAGUAGUGAUUUUUUUGUUUUUUGGUAACAAAUCCAUAAAACACAAACACUACCCAGAAAUACUUAAAUCACUUUAUAAUCGCAGGGUCUCUGCUGCAGGACUAUUUAAAUAAAUAUGCUAACAUUUCUGUGCUACUUUAAGUAACCUAUCACUUUUUAAAAAUAAAGCCCAAUUUUUAAGUUACCUUAAGAAAUAUCUAGUAAGGCUUCCAGGGUAGUGAAGUUUGUGCAGUAAUUUUCUUAGAGCUUGACCUUUGUUUGUUUCUUGCUGUUUUCAGAGUCAUAAAGCAAGAAAGAGUUUAAUGGACUUGCCUGCAGGACAGCAGGCUCCCCAGAAGACAGUGCUGUGCUAAAGCCAUUUACUCUAGGGGGAGAAGCCAGUGUCAGUGAGGGAAAGGAAUAAAGCAGGGGAGGGAAAAGUCACUGGUUUAGAGCGACCUCUCAAAACACAGGGUUAUUAAGUCAUCUCUCAAACACAGGGGACUGCAGAAACACAGACACCUUCACACACUCAGCUAUAUAUACAUUCACACGUAUCUGCUGAGCUACACACCUGCUACAGAUAACACAGAUGUUAAGAUGUCUGACAUAUAAAUGUGCUAUCCGUCUGGUAAUACACUCAGAGAAAUGCUCACAUAUAUGGAAAUAAAAACGCACAAACAAAUAUGCAUCCCCACUUAGGGAUACUUACACAGCAGGACCCAGAUUGGAAGGUAAACCAAGGACACACUUUUGUUGGUUUCACUGAGUGGCUGGAACACUCACUCAGUACGUAGGUUGGAGUGGCAAGGUAAUCAAUUUCUGUCAGUCCAAUAUGCUGGUAGCAUCCCACAGAGCUACAGCCCUUAGGUAAAUACAUGCACUCGAAAGUGAUUAUGAGGCAAAAUGAGAGAGAAAUCUGCCACCAACUACUGUAGAGAGGGGAGGGGUGAGCACUUUAUCCCUAUCCAACACACACCUGCACAGCCAGUCUCUCCAUUAAAAAAGGAGUCCCAAGCCCCAGGCAAUGAACUACAACACAGCAAACACACCAGGUCACCUGCCUCUUACCAUUUGCUGUAAAGAACUUGUCUUCUAUGUAGAUGUCAAAAGGCAAGAACAGAGGCGGGGGAAGGGAGGUGAUGAUAGUUGGGCAAAAAUUUGGUGGUCAAGUAUUUUCUCUAGGGCUUACUUCAUGAAUUUUAGCCAAAGUAUUACAGAUUUGACUUAACAUUUUGAUAAUGCAAAGGAUGGAUGAACUAUAUAGCUUUAAAAUCCUCUCUGAGAAUGCAUACAGAACUUUUUAAUAUUCAGUUCAUGGACUAUAAAAACCGUCCUAUCUUCAAAAGUACAUAUUUAAGAACAAAUUAUCUACCAGUUAAAACAUCACCAGGGAAGAGAGCAAUCUGAUAUAGACUCCUCAUUAAGUUCUUUAACACUCAAUGCUCUAAUUUUAAUAACGUAGGAUGAAAAUUAUAAAAAAUCUAUAAACAUAUAAGGCAAAUGAAAUCCUGUCUACUAUAAUGUGAACAUACGUUCUACCAGCCUUAGGGCGAAGUUUACUCCCCUUUUAAAAAGAAUAGCCUACCAGUUCCAAGAAUUGAAAUAAAAAUGCAUUGUGUUCAAUUGUGGGAUGCAGCUUUCUGAAACCUUAAAUCUUUUAAACGUCAUUUACAUUGUUCCCACUGCAACAGUAACUCAAGCUAUAAAGAGGUUGACAGUGCAAAGGCUUUACAAAGAUCCUGCAUUUUAUUUUGUUAUUCUUUCAAAAAGAACUCAAUACAAAGUCAAUAUAAAAAAAUCAAUACUCAAUUUAAAACAGAAACAGUAAUUUCUGAAUGUCUAACAUUCUCCUAUGCAAAGACUGGGAGAAAGAGGAAGGGGGAGAGAGAAAAUAAAUUCUUUAAUUUAAACCUUUCUUCACCCUGCUGGGAAUGCACAUGCCAGAGCAAAUGAAUCCAGCUUAACCCCUUCUGGACUGGUCAUUGAAGAUACGGUUGGAAGAACAGUAUUGUAGAAUGGUGAUGAACAGUGUCAUUAUUAUGUACAUACACUUAUGGCACUUAGAACUGCACUGUAUCCAUGACGUAGCAACCUCUGACACAGCCCGUCUCACACUUGCCAUCUCUUACCCCAUCUCCCAAAAUAUUUCCUGAGAAAGAUAUUGUAAGGAACUUCCAGUUUGAAGGGAUCUAACGGCAAAAACUAAGAACAAAAGCACCAUGGUUCCAUGGUAUGUGUUUUUUAUAAACAGAACCACAUAGUUGAAUAGUACAUCUUGGCUCCAUGCCACACCUAUGGGUUCCCCCUUCCUUCUUCUCCAGCAUGUCUUUUCAAGCUGAAGGCUGGUAAUUGAAGAAUGUUGUUUACUUUUUCAGGUACAGGUGUAUUACAAGAUCCAAAGCCAAUUUUGAUUUUUACAAUGACACAAAAUACUGUACCACUUGUGGAGUGCAUGAAGCUGUAAGGGAGUAAGGGGGUGUGCACACAUACAAAGAGCAUUCGACAAUGUCAUCCUGUACUACAGCAAGGUGGCUGAUUACCGAAAUACUGGAAAAAGCAAGAGUGAACACUUUUAAAAGGUUUGUUGCAGAUACAGGAAGGCAAAUGCAGGCAAAGGCAGCCCAGUGCAAGAGGUCCGGAUGGGGGUCCUGAAGGAGCUCCCCUGCAGCAGGGCUCUGCCAGGAUGGCUCCUCUGCCCACAACCCAGUCAGUGUCUGCUCCCCCAGGGCCAGGGGAAAGCCCACUGAAAUCAGCUGUGUUUAACAGACAGACCACAGAUGAACCUUUCUGGACAAGAAGAUGGGCUCCCUACUCUCCCUUCCCCAAACUCUGUAGAGUGUCUAUUUUCCUUCUCCCCACUUUAUCAGCAACUAAGAGUGGGAGCAAAACCAGCCUCUUUCCUGGUCCUAAGUGGCAGAGGCGAUGAGUUGCACAGUGACGGUGGUCAGAAAACACAGGGACUGGACAGCAGCAGUUGCCAGCGUGGUUGGCAUGGUCUGGUCUCCUUUGGCAGGGCAGCUUGCUCUAAGCUUGGGAAGAACUUACGUCCCCAGGAAAUUAAGUGGCUCCAAGUUGCACCUGCCAAUCCCAGAGUCACAGUGUUAGUCUCCCCUGGUUGGUGUAGAACAGUGGGGAGGAAAACUGGGCAGUGUGGGGCUCCUGCUGCAGCCUAAAGGUGGCAUUCCCACUGCCCUCUCUCCCUGUGCUUUACCUGCUGGGCACCCCACACUUCCCUAUGGAAACAAUGCUGGGACUGACUUGAGGCUUCACACAGAGCCGGAGGGCACACAUGGAGAGCCAGGGCUGCCAGCCAGGUGGGGGCAGGAUGGCAUGGAGGCCAGGUGGGCAGCUGCAGGGCUGCGAAAGGGCUACCUGCUUCAAGCCAGCAGAGGGGUGGGAUCAGAAACAGGGCAGGUAGGUUUUC